AUGAAGAUGAGGACGAGCAAGAAUGGCAACUGCCGAUACAACUGCGAGAAAGCCCACCUCACGAUCAUCAGUGCUUCGUUCCCGUCGGCUCUGCGUCCGCUCCCAGCGGGCGUCGCAGCGGCAAGGGCAAGGGAGGCAAGGGCGGUGGGGGUGACGGCGGGGGAGGCAGUGGUGGGGGUGGUGGCGGCGGUGGGGGUGGUGGCGGGGCUGGAGGGGCUAGUGGCAGCGGUGGGGGUGGUGGAGGCAGCGGCGGCGGCGGUGGCCGGGGUGGGGGCGGUGGUGGUGGCGGCAGUGGACGUGGAGGCGGCAGGGGCGGUGGUUGUCGUGGUGGAGGCGGCGGUGGUGGUCCCUUAG